AAGACAACACCAAGCCAAAGAGCACCAAUGAUGAAUCGCGUCGUAUCCAAAAACUGAAAGAAAAACUGGGAAGUAACAACACACCGCACCGCAGAAGAUGGCCUCAACAUCCGAAAAACCCACCACCGGCUCCAUCCCCGGAUCCGGAGACGGCCUCCCCCACCAUCACAACCAAGACCGCUCCGGCACCGACAGAACCAGCACCGGCCUCCGCAUCCGCGACUGGGUGCGCUCGCCCGCGUCCGGCGAGGCCCGCCAUCACCAUCCGAGGCAUGACGCCGACUCCCAGCAUGCCGACACCGCCGCCGCCGGUACCGGACCGGACCCGGCCCCGGAACGGCAUCGCGGUCCGAGGCACGACCCCUGGUGGAAGAUCCACCUCUUCCGCGGCAUGGUCAAUGAUGUCCGGAAGAGGGCGCCCUUUUACCUCAGCGACUGGACGGAUGCGUGGAACUACCGCGUCGUGCCGGCGACUGUUUAUAUGUUUUUUGCCAACAUCUUGCCUGCGCUGGCAUUCUCGCUUGAUAUGUUCAACAAGACGGGUAUGCAAUACGGCGUCAACGAGGUGCUGCUGGCUUCAGUGCUCGGCGCCGUCGUCUUUUCUGUGCUCGCCUGUCAGCCGCUGGUCAUUGUGGGUGUGACGGGGCCGAUUACCGUGUUUAACUACACCGUCUACGACAUCAUGAUGCCGACUGGCACCAACUACCUGGCCUUCAUGUGCUGGAUUGGGAUAUGGUCCCUCGUCUUCCAUUGGAUCCUGGCCGUCACUAACUCCUGCAACUGGCUGCGUUACGUGACGCGCUUCCCGUGCGAUAUCUUUGGCUUCUACGUCGCCUUCAUCUACCUGCAAAAGGGGAUCCAGAUCCUCGAGACGCUCGGCGACGAGGAGCCGUUCUAUCUGUCCGUCGUCGUGGCCCUGCUCGUCUUCGCCAUCGCCUACAUCUGCGGCGAGCUCGGCCAGAGUAGCCUGUUCAAGCACCCCGUGCGCGUCUUCUUCAAGGACUACGGCACCCCCCUGACCGUCGUCUUCUUCACCGGCUUCGCCCACAUGGGCAAGAUGAAGCACAUCCCGCUCGAGACACUGCCGACGGGGAUCUCCUUCAUGCCAACCGUGCCGGAGCGAGGCUGGUUCGUCCACUUCUGGGACAUCCCCGUCGGCGACAUCUUCAUCGCCAUCCCCUUCGCCGUCUUGCUAACCAUCCUCUUCUGGUUCGACCACAACGUCUCCUCCCUCAUCGCCCAAGGCACCGAAUUCCCCCUCCGCAAACCCGCCGGUUUCCACUGGGACCUCUUCCUCCUGGGCCUAACCACCGGCAUCGCCGGCCUUCUAGGUCUCCCCUUCCCCAACGGCCUCAUCCCGCAAGCCCCCUUCCACACCGAAUCCCUCUGCGUCACCGAAGUCGUCCCCGCCUCCUCCCCCUCCACCACGUCCACCACGUCCACCAACAACAACAACCCCGACACCACCCCAAGUAACGACGACCCCAAACACAUCCCCACCGGCUUCGCCUUCCGCGCCGUCUGCGUCGUCGAACAGCGCGCCUCCAACCUCGCCCAGGGCCUGCUGACCCUCGUCGCCAUGGCCGGCCCGCUGCUGACCGUCCUGCACCUGAUCCCGCAGGGCGUGUUGGCCGGGCUGUUCUUCAUCAUGGGCUUUCAGGCGCUGGCGGCGAAUGGUAUUACUGCGAAGUUGUUAUUCCUGAUGCGUGAUGCGGCGCUGACGCCGGCGGGGCAUCCCCUGCUUGGUGGAGGGGGUGGUGGGAAUGGGGGGGUACGGCGUGGUGCGGUGUGGGCGUUUGUGGGUGCGGAACUGGUCGGGUUUGGGGCGACGUUUGCGAUUACCCAGACGGUGGCGGCUGUGGGGUUUCCGGUGGUCAUCUUUGCGCUGAUUCCGGCGCGGGCGUUGUUGUUGCCGCGGUGGUUGACGCCGGAGGAGCUGGCUGUGUUGGAUGGGCCGACGGCGAGCCCGUUUACGAUGGAGAGUGUGGGGGGCACGUUUGGCGGGCCCGGCGGUGGUGUGGUUUUGGAUGAUGAUGGGAAUGUAUUUAGCGGGGAGUCGGGCGAGGAGGCGGAGCGGAAGAAGGAAGGGUCGGCUGCCGGCGACGGUGGUCGUCGUCGUGAUGGUGAGGGGCGGAGCGACGAGGAGCUUGCGGAGCUUGGGGAAAGUCGGUCGGGAGCUGUGAGGCGGCGGUUGAGCACGCUACAUCGCGAGGAGAAUGUGUAGAUGGGUAGACUCGUGCUUCGUCAGCGUGGUUGUGUCGGGCGGGCUCGUCGCCGAUCGGUCUUCGAGUUGUCGAAGGGCGCCGGAGGCGUUUAGCACCACAUAAAAGGUUGUUCGUCGUUUAACAUCGAUCGCCACGAGGCUCAACCGUUCGUCAUCGGUCCAUAUCCGUCGUUCCCCAAGUCUUCGCCGUGUUGACGGUCAACCAAGGCUCGUUGCCCAACAUCAUCGUUCACCAGUGCUCUUCCUCAACCCUCCGGGGCUUCGGCGCUGCAUUUGUCCAGGACCGGGGCUUCAACAGCACGAGUAAAUCGGGGAAACAUCCGUAUAAAAGGAAGGUACCGAGUAACAGGCGACUUCAUCAUAGCCAGACGGCAACAA